AUGAAGAUGUUGCGGCUAAAGGCUUUUGCGGCGACCGUCGUGGUUUUGGGUUUUCUUUUGUGUUGCGAUGGAGGUAUUACCAGUAAGUUUGUCAGAAAGGAGGGGGCUCCUCUUGACAUGCCCUUCGAUAGCGAUGUGUUCAGAACGCCUUCUGGUUAUAAUGCUCCUCAACAAGUUCAUAUAACACAAGGUGACCAAGUAGGGAAGGCCAUAAUAGUUUCGUGGGUAACGGUGGACGAACCAGGGUCGAGCAAUGUCCGUUACUGGAUCGAUGGUUCUUCCCAUAAGAAAUUGGCCAAGGGAAGACUCAACACGUAUCGCUAUUAUAAUUACACUUCUGGUUUUAUUCAUCACUGCACCGUCAGAGGUUUGGAGUUUGACACUAAGUAUCACUAUGAGAUUGGGAUAGAUCACACUAUUCGCCAAUUCUGGUUUACCACUCCUCCUGCUCCUGGCCCUGAUGUGCCUUACACGUUCGGUCUCAUGGGUGACCUGGGUCAGACAUAUGAUUCAAACAAGACUCUUGGCCACUACGAGAACAACCCUAUCAAAGGACAGACUGUACUGUUCAUGGGAGACCUGUCUUAUGCAGAUGACUGGCCAGAUCAUGAUAACAGAAGGUGGGAUUCAUGGGGAAGGUUCGUGGAAAGGAGUGCUGCUUAUCAGCCUUGGAUUUGGACUGCAGGCAACCAUGAACUUGACUUUGCCCCUGAAUUGGGUGAAACCAAACUUUUCAAGCCUUUUCAUCACCGAUAUCAUACCCCUUACAGAGCAGCACAAAGUACUUCACCCUACUGGUACUCCAUCAAGAGAGCUUCUGCGCACAUCAUAGUCUUGUCCUCGUACUCAGCAUAUGGCAAGUAUACCCCUCAAUACGAAUGGCUUCAGAACGAACUAACGAAGGUGAACAGAAGCUUAACACCUUGGUUGAUCGUUCUGGUGCAUUCUCCUCUGUACAACAGCUACAAUUACCAUUACAUGGAAGGAGAGUCCAUGAGAGUCAUGUUUGAACCCUGGUUUGUUGAGCACAAGGUAGAUGUCGUCUUUGCCGGUCAUGUCCAUGCCUAUGAACGAUCUGAGCGAGUGUCCAACAUUGCAUAUAAUAUAGUGAAUGGACGUUGUGAGCCAGAGAAGGAUCUGUCAGCUCCUGUGUACAUAACAAUCGGAGAUGGAGGGAACAUUGAAGGGAUAGCCAACAACAUGACAGAGCCACAACCAAAGUACUCAGCAUUCAGGGAGGCUAGUUUUGGGCAUGCCACUUUUGAGAUAAAGAACAGAACACAUGCUUACUAUAGCUGGCACAGAAACCAGGAUCAGUACUCUGUAGUGGCCGAUUCCAUGUGGUUCUUCAACAGAUACUGGCAUCCAUUGGACGAUUCUAAUACUACUCCCCAUUAG